AUGUUUCUUAAAAAGUAUAUAUUUAUCAUCAUCGCACAGACAACCCCAGAUCCAUUUGAUGAUUCGGCAAGUCCAAACCCAUACACACCUCCUCUGUCAGAGCCCUUUGUUUACGGUGAACAAAUGAUCCGAGGCGUGAAUCUCGGUGGCUGGCUAGUAAUCGAGCCUUUUAUUACACCUAGCUUAUUUGAUCAAUUCCCGGCCUCGGAAAAAAAGGUGGUCGACGAAUGGACUCUGUGCGAGCGGCUGGGUCCAGAAGAAGCCAGGCGCCAACUAGAGACCCACUAUGACACAUUUGUAGUCGAGCACGAUUUCGAGCUGAUGGCACAGAUGGGGCUCAACCAUGUCCGGAUCCCAAUCGGCCACUGGGCCGUGCUGGCCAACCCCGAUGAACCUUACGUUGGCCUGGUUGCCUGGGAUUACUUGAUCAAGGGUAUUCAGUGGGCACGCAAAUACGGACUGCGGGUAAUGGUUGAGUUGCACACCGCACCUGGGUCACAAAAUGGCUGGAACCAUUCGGGAAGACAGGGAACCAUCGGAUGGCUCAACGGAACCCAAGGUGUGUUUAAUGCAGAUCGCACGCUGGCCAUUGUCGAGGCCAUGGCCCGCCACUUCAGUGACCCUGAGUGGUCGCAUGCAGUACCGUUGUUUGGAGUUCUCAACGAGCCAGCCAUGACAAGUCUAAAGAACCAUGCGGCAAUGAUGGAGUGGUACCACAAAAGCUAUGACACCAUUCGAAAUAGCACCGGAGACAAUGGUCCAACUUUGUCUUACCAUGAUGGGUUCUUACCAUUACCUAUGUGGUCUCACUUUUUUGAAAACACUACGCGCGUCAUACUUGAAACACACCUAUACCUUAUCUUUGAUCAGGGAUUGGUCUACAUGCCACGCGAGGUGCAGGCAGAAUUUCCUUGUGGUGCCUGGCGUAAAUCCCUCGUGCGGUCUAUGAAUGAAACCGGGCCAACUAUGGUGGGAGAGUUUUCGGUGGCAACCAACGACUGUGGCAAAUAUCUCAAUGGAAUUGGCCAUGGUAAUCGCUACGAAGGCACCGAUAAUCUUGUCAAAAACAUUCCGGUAUGCAAAAACUGCACAUGUGUCGGGUCAGAGGAUUGGAAGAGCUGGACAGAUGAGUACAAACAGUUCCUAAAGCUAUUUGCUGAGCGUCAGAUGGAUGCGUAUGAAAGUGGAAUCGGUUGGUUCUUUUGGACGUACAAGACCGAGAAUCAUGUUAACCCUCAUUGGGACUAUCUUUUGGGCUGGAAAGAGGGCUGGUUACCUUUGGAUGCCAAUAAGCGUGUCCAUUCCUGUAGUGAAGUCAAAAUACAAGAGACACCAACAGCGUCUUUGUUACCAUCGUCUCUAUUAGAUCCAAUGGCAGCGUCCACUGAAGUAUAA